GCGCGCGAGGAGGGCGGUGGCAGUUGGUGGCUCCGGAGAAUAGGCGGCGGUCGAGCUGGGGCCGAGGCGCUGAGGAGUGGCUCGGGCCGGGCUCCGUGCGUAGUUCAGUGCGGAGACGGUGCGGGAGCCGCCGGGCGCGACGGCCAGGGCAGCCGGGGUCUGAGCGGCGCUCGUGCCGCAGGCGCGCGCGGGCCGAGCUGGACUAGCCAUUAUGGAAGAAGAGGUACAGCAGCACUCACACUGUGUGAAUUGUGUCAGUAGAAGGUGUAUGACCAGACCAGAGCCUGGAGUUUCCUGUGACUUGAUUGGUUGUCCAUUGGUUUGCGGAGCAGUUUUCCACUCUUGUAAAGUUGAUGAGCAUCGACUCUUGUGUCCCUUUGAACGAGUACCUUGCUUAAAUAGUAACUUUGGAUGUCCAUUUAUCCUGGCACGAAAUAAAGUUGCUGAACAUCUAGAAAUAUGUCCUGCAAGUGUGGUAUGCUGUACAAUGGAAUGGAACCGAUGGCCUGUUAGUUACUCAGACCGAAAAUCAUAUGAAAAUCUAAGCAGAGAUGUUGAUGAAGUGGCACAGUUAGACAUGGCUUUGGCUCUUCAAGAUCAAAGAAUGCUCUUGGAAUCUCUGAAAGUAUCCACCAUGAUGUCAAAAGCAACUGAUAAAAUUCCUGAGCCUAGAGAACAAAUCUCAGUGAAAUCAAAUGUUCAGGAAAUACCACGUCCUAAUGGCUUGGUACCUGUCGAUGAAGAGUCAUAUGGUGCACUUUAUCAAGCUACUGUAGAAACAACCAGAAGUUUGGCAGCUGCUUUAGAUAUCCUGAAUUCUGCCACGAGAGACAUUGGCAUGUUAAAUACAAGUCUUCAUGCUAUCACAAAUGAAAUGGAUGAGGAAGAGAGUAACAGAGAAAGCUUCCAGGACAGAAACUUAAAAGACCAGGACCACCUCCAUGAAGAUGAGAUAGGGGCAGUAGGUGGAAUUGACUAUAAUAGUACAAGUCAGAAUUCUCAGGCUGAACAAAAUGGUUCAAGUGAUUUACUCUGCAACUUAAAUAUAAGUUCUUAUGGUACUUCUGCUCUUUGUAAUGGCUUUCCUUUGGAAAGUAUGUGUACACAGGUCAAAGAGCAGGAUCAGAAUUUUCAUGGUUAUUCCAUAGAAAGUAACAUAACAAAUGGAGAAUGUGCAGCAGCAGAUGGUACUUCACAACCUUCUAGUUCACUUUUAAGAGCAGUACAACUUAGGGAAACAAGUCCUUUCAAUGCCUUGCCAGAUAGCACAUUUCAGCAUGUCCUUACGCCAGACGAAGAUGGUGAGGAGGACUUGUGUUGGAAAAAGGUAGACUUAGGGGACCUGAAGGAUGUUGAUGGUUCACCUGUCAGUCAUGUUCCUUCAUUCAAGUUUCUUUCUAAUUCAUGGUAUAUACCAAAGGAAGACAAAGCAGUUGAUACAUCAGAUUUAGAAGUUACAGAAGAUCCCAUGGGCCUCCAAGGAAUAGAUCUGAUUACAGCAGCAUUACUAUUUUGUCUGGGAGAUUCUCCAGGUGGGAGGGGUAUAUCUGAUAGCCGUAUGGUUGAUGUUUAUCACAUUGAUUUUGGGACACAGACUUUUUCACUUCCAUCUGCAAUACUAGCUACAAAUACAAUGGUUGGAGAAAUAGCUUCAGCUUCAGCUUGUGAUCAUGCCAAUCCACAACUUUCAAAUCCAAGCCCUUUUCAGACACUUGGGCUGGAUUUAGUUUUGGAAUGUGUUGCUAGGUACCAGCCUAAGCAGCGUUCAAUGUUUACCUUUGUAUGUGGACAGUUAUUUAGAAGAAAAGAAUUUUCUUCCCAUUUUAAGAACGUGCAUGGUGACAUUCAUGCUGGACUUAAUGGAUGGAUGGAACAGAGGUGUCCUUUAGCUUACUAUGGUUGUCCCUAUUCUCAGCGUAGAUUUUGUCCAUCAACACAAGGAGCAAAGGUUAUACAUGACCGCCAUUUAAGGUCAUUUGGAGUUCAGCCAUGUGUAUCUAUGUUAUUAGAAGAGCCUUCUAGAAACUGUGUGUUGGGAUUACGUAGUGAUCAUCUAAGUGGUCUCCCUUUUGAGGUACUACAACAUAUUGCAGCCUUUCUUGAUGGCUUCAGUUUAUGCCAGCUUGCAUGUGUAUCCAGGCUAAUGAGGGAUGUGUGUGGCAGUCUACUUCAAUCUCGUGGAAUGGUGAUAUUGCAGUGGGGGAAAAAGAAGUAUCCAGAAGGAAAUUCAUCAUGGCAGAUAAAAGAAAAGGUGUGGCGAUUCAGCACUGCCUUUUGUUCUGUUAAUGAAUGGAAGUUUGCUGACAUCCUAAGCAUGGCUGACCACUUGAAGAAAUGCAGUUACAAUGUUAUAGAGAAACGGGAGGAAGCUAUCCCACUGCCCUGUAUGUGCGUGACUCGAGAACUUACUAAAGAAGGACGCUCCCUGCGCUCAGUUUUAAAACCCGUACUUUAAACUGUAACUUUACUUGCAUAUACAUGCAAGCACCUGGUAUGAGUUCUUUGUAAUAUGUAACACUUUAUUAAUGUAUUAAAGACUACAACUAGUUAAUUUUUUUGUCGCUAUGUAUAUACUGUUUUGGAGUGUCAUAUUUUUGUAAUGUACUAUUAGUUGGGAAAAAAGUUGCCUUAAUAUUUGAAAUGUGUGAAAUUUUUGGAACUUCCUAGACAGGCUGAUCUAAUCUUUAUCUGCAUAAUUUUCAAAAUUAGUAUUUUUAAUGGUGUGCACAUUUAAGUUCUGAAAUUUUUGUUUUUCAAACUAAAAUGGUCUUGACCAAAAGAUUAAUUCUUUGUUUUUUGUUUUUUGUUUUUUGUUUUUUUUUAAUGGGUGGACGCCCAUGUUGUCAAAAAGCAAAACUUUGAUUCAAAUUUUUACUGCAUAGAUUUUUCACAUAACACUUUCAAGUAACACUGCUAUAAGGUUGCUAUCAAGUUUUCUGGUACUUUCCUUUUAUAAUUAUUGAUCACAGGUGGUAUCUAGUACUAAUACAAAGGUACAAUAAUGACUUCAUCUUUUUAAAACAACUCACAAAGAUAUCUUUAUCCUCUAGUCUUUACAACUCUUAUGCAGAAAAUGAUUAUAUGCAGUUCUUUUUCUUUUUGCAUUAAAUACUCUAUCUGAAGAGUCAUGGGACAGUAUAUCAUGUGACAGAUUAAAAGUAAAAACAAAGCAAGUCUGUGAACCUAACUUGAAAUUUUCAUGGUGUUUCAUAUUUUCUAGGUAUCUAAUGUUUGAAAAGAAAAAUAUACCUCACUAUAAGUUUGAUUUGGCAUAUUGUUUGAAUAAACUUCAAAUAUUCAGAAUACAAAGGACUUGGCUUUUUGAGGGAACUUUAAACUGUUUGGCUUUUUAUGUAUAUAAAAAUAUAUGGGCAUUGUUUUAAGACAUUUAAAAAUGUGAAAUUUCAAAAGUCUUUGAAAGAACAUCAAGCAGAAACCUCUCCUGGCUGAUAAUCUUUUUGGCUGAUAAUCUUUCUGAAGCAUUUCCACAUUUGAGUUUCACAUAUAUCUCUGUCAGAGAGUUGUGUCUUUCUGUACAGAUUAGUAUAGUAAUGAAAGAGUCAAAAAACCUAGUUUUCUAAUUCAUUUAUACCAUAUUCAUGUAAUGUACUUAAAGAAAUGAACAUACAUUGUCAAUAUUUAGAGUCAAAUUCCAAAUACAGGGACAUAAGUAAUUUGUCCAGAUAAAUUCUGGUAAGCUGACAUGGUUAUUAAUAUGAAAACUCAACUGUGUCUUCUCUUUUUCUGCAUUGUAUUGUGAGUAAUUCCUGGUUACUGGUUCGUAUAUGGUAGUCAGUGAGAACAGAUGUUCCUUGGGCAUUAUUAGAGAUGAAUCCUCAACUGCUUGAGAUUUGUUUUGGCAAAAGUGGAGCAGUAAAAAGUAUUCAUUUGUCUUGCCACACCUGUCAUUUAGCUUAGAAGAAUUUGUAAUUUCAGUGCUAAAGUUUUUUUUUUUCAACUAUGAGACUGAAUUGCAUUAAAAACACAAACAAAUGAACAAAGACCCUUUAUUUUUUCUAAAAGAUACAAAUAGGAAUCAAAUGUAACAGAAUAUAACUUUUUAAAGAAAAUUUUUGAAGAUUGUGUCUGAAGUUAGGUAACACAAGCAUUAGCCUUUUGUUUUUAUGUUUGUACUUUUAAAAUUCAUGGUUUAUAAGCUUAAAUCUAUUUCCACACUGACAUAUUUAACAUUUUUUCCAACUUUUUCACUGAAUAAACUGGAUAUUUUAAUAAUAGCAUAUGUACAGAAAACUAUAUCUACUUUUUUAUUUUGUUCAAAUAUUUUUAGAAUUUAUUCUGGGUCAAAAAAAUGAUAGUCAAGCACUAGGCAUCUAUCUCGGAAUGAGUCAAGAAGAACUCAGCUGUUUUCUCAAUAUGUUGUUCUUGCAAUCAGUAUCAGAUACCCAAAACUGGGUAUGUACUAAAACUUUAAUGUUACAACUCCAGGCAGGGAGAUAGUAUGGAAUUUUACAUGAAACUCUGGUUAGAAAAGCGCAACCCAUUCUUGAUGGUAGUUAAUAUUUAAAUGCUGUUGAUAUCAGUGCCAUUUUAGCCAUCAGUCCUUCCUUCAUGUGAAGGCAGCUUAGGAAGACAGGAACUGAAAACUCAAAUAUUUGCCUAAUGAAACAAUUUUAGUCCUAAUAAGUAAAAUCUUAAAAAAUAACAAUGGCUGUGUUUUACAAAAAUUGUGAUCAACCAUGUGGUAAGAAAAGUAACAACAUUAUAUUCUUAUUUAAGAAGAUACUAAAAAAUUGAAACAAGUUUACAGAUUUAUUAAUGUCAUAAAAGUGUUCUGUGUUUUUACCAUUUGAGCUCAAGUGUCUGGAUGGCAAACUCAGGAUGUUGCCUGAGCACUUUAAAGAACUUGAACUACAUCCAAACUCAAAAUUGUCUAUUGCAAAGCUUUUCAAGGUUUUUCUGUAGUCACAGGCACUAAUUUUUCUAAAAUAUAGUGAAGAUGUGACCUUUAAACGAAAGUUAAAAUUUGAAAGUUAACAUUUAUUAAGAGUAUGUCUUAAAAAUGAGAGCUUCAGGGUUGGGGAUUCCUAGCAAGUGCAAGUUCAUUCCUCAGAUCUGAGAGAGAGAGAGAGAGAGAGAGAGAGAGAGCGCUCCAGGAACUUUAAAACUGUAUAAAAUUUGUUGUUUUUUUUUUAAUCAACACAUUAUUGUGUGUUUAAGUUAAAAUAAGUUAACAAAACAUGAUAUUUCAGCAAAGUACAAACAAGAAUUAUAUCAAAAACCUGUAACCCAAAUGAAAAACUAUAGCAAAACUAACUCUGAGCAAGUAGCUGUUCAGACUCUAAGCCCUACACCGUGGCAUGGACAUUGAUGUUAACAAGGGUUUUAUAUAAAGCUUUUCAACAGUAAGGCAUGUAGCAGCAUGGCCUUUAGAGUAUCUGGUACUCAUCUGUGCUUCAUUUCCUCAGAACACUGCUCACUGUUCAUAUCAUUCCCCUCUUCAGACUUGCUACUAUGUGAUAAUGAAGUUUGUAUUUUCUAGUCUCUCCAGGUAGGAAUCUUCACUUUGCUGUUUCUGUUUUAUUUUACUCUUCUGAAAAUUUGGUUUAGGGUUCUGAUUUCAGAUUUGAAGUUGUGAGUUCCUGCUGACUUAUGAUGGAAAGAUGAUUCUCUUACAUUCUGGAAAGGUUCUUGAGUUGCUCCUUUUAUCUUUCUUAAUCAAAGAUUGUUUACCUCAAGUUUUUGGGUUUUUUUAUUAUUUUUUUUUAUCAGUUACAUUUUAUUAACUCUGUAUCCCAGCCGUGUCCCGAUCCCUCAUUCCUUCCCAGUCCCUCCCUCCCUCCCUCAUCUCUACCGUGCCCCUUUCCAAGUCCACUGAUAGGGGGGACCUCCUCCCCAUUCAUCUGAUCCUGUUUUAUCAGGUAUCUUCAGGAGUGGCUGCAUAGCCCUCCUCUGUGGCCUAACAGGACUGCUCCUCCCUUCGGGGGUGGGGAGGCCAAAGAGCCAGUCAUUGAGUUCCUGUUAGAAAUAGUCCUUGUUCUCCUCACUUUGGGAAACCAAUUGGUUACUGAGCUACCACAGGCUACAUCUGAGCGGAGGUUCUAGGUUAUAUCCAUACAUGGUCCUUGGUUGAAUGUCAGUCUCAGAAAAGACCCUGUGCCCAGAUAUAUUUGGUCCUUGGGGAGCUCCUAUCCUUUCCCCAUCAGACUAACUCCCCUUUCAUAUGAAGAAGGAAACAUGUAGAGUUCCAAGUACCUGCAGAAAUGACAAUCCAAGGGCACUCAGGGCGUGUCUCCAGCUCAGAAUGUUUAGUAAAGAUGUGUUGUGCUCCAUUGCUGUGAGAAAUUGGGUACUCACCAUCAGAUUAUGUUUACUCUUGUUUAUUGAUGAGUUUCUAAUGCCAAAUUUUCCAGAUAACAUCCCUUAUGUUUUUCCAGUAUUACUUCAUUGAUAAUAGUCCAUUUCAGAGAUUUUAUAGUCCAGAUUUUGAAUUCUUGAAUUCUGAUGACUGAAGCAGUAUGAUUUCUUAUUAAAUUCUCAAAAUGUU